AUGUUGAUUGGGGGAGGGCUAAUCCAGUUUGCAGCUGUCGUAGACCAAUGAUGAAUCACCUUUCCGUCAUUUGGCCGUGCUCCUCUUGCUCGGGGAGGAGGGAGGACCUGGCGGAGGAAACAACAGUGGAACAGGGUUGCGGCUUGCACUCGCGCACACACACACACAUGUACACACACACGGGGAGACAAUGCGCGCCUCUGUUCCCUCUGCCGGUCUCCCCUUCUUCCCAUUCUGCUGCAGAAUAACAAUAAUGUUUUCUCAGACAAGCCUUUUUGUGUCAUGGAUGGCUCUGGACUGUGACUUUGAGCUGCAGUAACAAGGAGUGACAUUGUCUGUGCUGGGGGCAGGUGGAGGCAGCGUGAGGAGGAAGAGAGUGGGGUUUGGGAGGACUCAGAGCCACCUAGGUCCAGGUAAGAGCACGGUUGACUCAGUGCCAGCUGCAUCAGAACUACUUUGACUCUCUGUCAACUUCUGUCGGUGCAGUGUGUGUUUGCUGCUUAGAGGUGACAACGUCAGCUAAUGUCAAAAAGUGUUUUUUGUUUUAAAGUUUAAGAAAUAGAAAUAAGUUUGUUCCAUCCUGCAGCUCUGCAGGUCUGUUGGCUGUGAUAUUUUAGGAGAAAUGUAAAUUGAUAAACCUUUGGGAAUUUGUAAUGCAGCGUCUAUUAUUGGAGCAUGUGUGAAGAUGAUUGAAUUACCGACUUUUAUCCUGUUUGACUUAGGGAAAAAAAAAUAUAUAUAUAUAUAUACUUGUUAAAUCCAAAUAAAUUAAACUACAGGACACAGCUGCUUCUGGCAAACUCUGUUGUAAAGUAUCAUAAUAUCACAACAACGUAAUCUUAAAUGCUGUCAGCGUCUAUCAUAAUUUCAUCUUUUUAGCUCGUAAUUCCGCUCCUUUUUUGCCAUCUGAUAGCACAUGGGAUAUUCACAUUCACUCGAGUCUCACUUAUCUUUGUGGCCUUGUGUAAAAGGCCAAUGUUUACCGAUAGCAGAGAUACAGGGAACCUCUGGAAUAUAAUUGGAAAUGGCAGCGUAAUGUACAAAAACGUUUUGUCCUAAUUUCAUUAACUCGCCGUUUGCAAAAGGAGGAACGGUGGCAGAGACAAAUGGAGUCUGGAGUUUGUGUGUCUGUCUCUCAGUCGUUCCUGUUGCCUUCUCCCUCCACUGCGUCGUUGUCUGCUGAUCUGAUCUCUCUCUCUCUCUUUUUUUUUAUCCCAGCACACGAGUGAGCAGAUAGAAUAAUGUUUUCAGUGGCGUGGUCCUUUUUGUGUAAACACAGCAACAAUUAAGGAGCUUGCCAGAGCAAACACAUGCCUCAUGAGCUUCUCAUCUGCCCCAUCACUGAGGCAUGGGCUCUUAUAAUCAAGCAGAGUGCAGCCACUUUUAACGCAGGCACAUUAAGCGUCGCCUCAGAGCAGCAGAAACAUCUGUUAACAGUCUGGGAUACCACACAACACCAUAUACACUUUAGGCCAUUUUUACUCCCAAACUCACCAGAGUAAACCGAUAGUAAACUCUGUGUGUGUGUGUGUUUGUGUGUGUGUGUAGAAGAGACAGUGACUUGUUUUACUCUUGUCAAAAUGUUUAUUUCAUAGUGUGUAAAUGCCUCCAUUUUAUUUCUGCAUCUGUGUGUUUUCCACGUCACUAAGUUGUAAUCUCCCGUUCAGAAGGCCUCGGUGUAAACUGCUGAUUUCUAUUUGUAUUCAUGUUGCACUUUUAACAUGAUGCAUUUGCAGCGUCUCUCUCUCGCUCUUUCUCUCUCUCUGUGCCUUUAUUUAUUCAAAUCUGUGCACAGGCGUGUUAUGCACAUUGUGUGCAGAGAGUUGCGUAUCAGAGCAGAGUGUCUUCCCUGAAACCGGAGCGAUAUGUGUAAUUUGAUUUGCUUUGUGUUUGUGUGUGUGUGUGUGUGUCUUGUCAGGUACAAGGAAAUGCAGGAUCUAGCCAGUCCUCACAGCCGAGUAAGUGGAAGCAGUGAAUCUCCUAAUGGUCCCAACCUCGACAAUUCACACAUCAAUAACAAUUCCAUGACACCCAAUGGCACUGAAGGUGAUAACAUCACAAUGCUUACCACUGCAGACUGGUUGUUAGGUUCUAACUCACAGUCCGCUGCAGUUAAAACCGAGCCAAUGAGCAGCAGUGAAAUCCCCACCUCAGUCGCAGAUACUUCCCUGGAUAGUUUCUCAGGAUCAGCUAUUGGAACCAGUGGCUACAGCCCAAGACAAACUCACCAGUUCUCUCCGCAGAUUUAUCCUUCCAACAGAACGUAUCCACAUAUUCUUCCCACCCCUUCAUCCCAAAAUAUGGCUGCGUAUGGGCAGACGCAGUACACCACAGGAAUGCAGCAGGCCGCAGCUUAUGCUAGCUACCCCCAGCCUGGCCAGCCCUACGGCAUCCCAGCUUAUGGCAUAAAGACAGAGGGGGGUCUGAGUCAGUCCCAGUCCCCUGGACAAACCGGCUUCCUCAGCUACGGCUCUGGAUUCACCACGCCACAGACGGGGCAGGCGCCCUACAGCUACCAGAUGCAAGGUGGCACUUUCACAACAACGUCCGGACUGUACGCAGGAAACAACUCCCUCACAAACUCCAAUGGCUUCAACAACACGCAACAGGAAUACCCAAGUUACCCCACCUUCGGUCAGGGCCAGUACGCUCAGUAUUACAACAGCUCGCCGUACACGUCUCCCUACAUGACGAGUAAUAACACCAGCCCCAGCACACCCUCCACCACCACCACCUACACCCUUCAAGAGCCACCCGCUGCCAUCACCAGCCAAGCCCUAACAGACAACUCAGCAGGAGAGUACAGUACCAUCCACAGCCCAUCAACCCCCAUUAAAGAUUCAGAUUCAGAUCGAUUGCGCCGGGCCUCGGAUGGAAAGUCACGUGGCCGGGGGAGAAGGAACAACAACCCAUCACCGCCGCCCGACUCUGACCUUGAGAGAGUUUUCAUCUGGGACUUGGAUGAAACAAUCAUCAUUUUCCAUUCCUUGCUUACGGGUUCCUACGCCAACAGAUAUGGACGGGACCCACCGACAUCUGUAUCAUUAGGUCUGAGGAUGGAAGAAAUGAUCUUCAACUUGGCCGACACGCACUUGUUCUUCAACGACUUAGAGGAAUGUGACCAGGUCCACAUCGAUGACGUGUCCUCUGAUGACAACGGCCAGGAUCUGAGCACGUAUAACUUCGGCGCCGAUGGCUUCCACGCAGCAGCGACCAGCGCCAACCUAUGUUUGGCCACAGGCGUGCGCGGAGGCGUGGACUGGAUGAGAAAACUGGCCUUCCGCUACAGACGAGUAAAAGAAAUCUACACCACCUACAAAAAUAACGUUGGAGGUCUGCUGGGCCCAGCCAAGAGGGAAGCCUGGUUGCAAUUGCGAGCAGAAAUUGAAGCCCUGACGGACUCCUGGUUAACACUGGCACUGAAAGCACUAACAUUAAUCCACUCAAGGUCAAACUGUGUGAAUAUUCUGGUGACCACCACGCAGCUCAUCCCGGCCCUGGCUAAGGUUUUGCUCUACGGCUUGGGAAUCGUCUUUCCUAUCGAGAAUAUUUAUAGCGCAACCAAAAUAGGGAAGGAGAGCUGCUUCGAGCGAGUUAUUCAGAGGUUUGGGAGGAAAGUUGUUUACAUUGUUGUCGGAGAUGGAGUGGAAGAGGAGCAAGGCUCCAAAAAGCACAACAUGCCCUUCUGGAGGAUCUCCAGCCAUUCAGACCUCAUGGCCCUCCACCACGCUCUAGACCUGGAGUACUUGUAGCACUGCACCACCGUCGGUCCGUCCUGCUCCACCCCAGCACACGAUGCAACCUUUUCUCUC